AUGCGCGUCAUCGCCAUCCUUGCCUUGUUCGCCGUCGUCUUCGUUGUUUCAGCCCUGGCCAGCGGCCACUCCACCUCCGCCGAGGAGCAGAUCUUCGCCCAGUGGAUGCGGGCGCACGCCAAGUCCUACGCCACGCAGGAGUUCAGCCACCGGUGGGCCGUGUGGCGCGACAACCACCGCUUCAUCGAGGCCCACAACCGCCAGCCGAACAAGACCUUCACCCUGGCCAUGAACCAGUUUGGAGAUCUCACCGACCACGAGUUCUGCCAGCUCCACCUCGGCCAGUACAUCUCCAGCAACAUUGAGAAGAAGACAAAGAUCGACGCGACCGAACCCGACACCGUCGGCCUCCCCGCCAACUUCGACUGGAGCUGGAAGGGCGCCGUGGCCACCGUCAAGGACCAAGGCAGUUGCGGCGCGGGCUGGGCGUUCGCGGCGGCUGCGGCGACGGAGAGCGCCAACUACUUGAAGGGCGGCAGACGUCUCGUCCCGCUCUCGGAGCAGAACCUGAUCGACUGCUCGUCAGGCCGGCCCUACGGCAACAGCGGGUGUAGCGGGGGCAGCGCCGACACGGCCUUCGAGUACAUCAUCAACAACCGGGGCGUAGACACCGAGGCCUCCUACCCCUACCAGGCCGCCCUGGGCGUUUGCCGCUACAACGCCACCAACGCCGGCGGCUCGGUCGUCAACUACACCCAGAUCUCAUCGGGCGACGACAGCGCGCUGCUGCAGGCCGUGGCCGCCCAGCCCGUCGCCGUGGGCUUCGACGCGUCGGACCCGGCCUUCAGAUGGUACUCCGGCGGCGUCUACGGCGGCGGCGCCUGCUCGACCACCCACCUCAACCACGCCAUGGCGGUGGUCGGCUGGGGCGUGGAGGUGGCCAGCACCUACCACCUGACCUACUGGACCGUCAAGAACUCGUGGGGCGCCGGCUGGGGCGAGCGCGGGUUCGUCCGGGUCGCGCGAGGCAGCGACUCCAACACGUGCGGCAUCGCCACCGCCGCUUCGUACCCCAGCGCGUGA